AUGGGUAAGGCUCCCAAGAAGACCUUCAGUAUGCGAACAGGAUCCGGCAAGCAAGUUUCUGCCGAAAAACAUCUUGGGUCUGUGUUUAAAUUUAAUACAGAUCUCGGACAACACAUUUUGAAGAAUCCGCUAGUAGCACAAGGCAUCGUCGACAAAGCACAACUUAAGCCAUCAGAUGUGGUGUUGGAAGUGGGUCCGGGUACGGGUAACUUAACGGUGCGUAUUUUGGAACAGGUCCGGAAAGUUGUAGCCGUCGAAAUGGAUCCUAGAAUGGCAGCAGAACUGACGAAGAGAGUUCAUGGUACACCGGGAGAGAAAAAGCUCGAGAUUAUGUUGGGAGAUUUCAUGAAAACAGAGCUCCCGUAUUUCGAUGUUUGCAUCAGUAAUACUCCGUACCAAAUUUCGUCACCACUGGUUUUCAAACUCAUAAAUCAACCUAGACCACCUCGGGUCUCGAUUCUUAUGUUUCAGCGCGAGUUUGCGUUAAGAUUGCUCGCGAGACCGGGUGACAGUUUAUACUGUCGUUUGUCUGCCAACGUCCAAAUGUGGGCCAACGUGACGCAUAUUAUGAAAGUGGGUAAAAACAACUUCAGACCUCCGCCUCAAGUGGAAUCUAGUGUGGUAAGAAUCGAAAUCAAAAACCCACGGCCAAAAGUAGAUUUCAAUGAGUGGGAUGGUCUUCUUCGGAUAGUCUUCGUGCGUAAGAACAGAACCAUUGCAGCGGGGUUUAAGUCUACGACUGUUCUGGAGAUCCUCGAGAAAAAUUACAAAGCAUACCUUGCGGCAUCAAAUUCAGAAACAAUGGUAGAUGAUAGAAAGGCUUCCAUGGUUGAUGUUGUCAAGGAACUGAUAGAAAAAGUGUUAAAAGAGACCGGACUUUCGGACAAAAGAGCGGGUAAAUGUGACCAAACAGAUUUCCUAACUUUGCUGUAUGCUUUCCACCAAGUGGGUAUUCAUUUUGCGUGA